AUGUGGUUAGUAUUUUACAGAGGCCGAGUCUUACUUUUUCUUCACAGCCUCACACUAGAGAAGAAAAAAAUGGCAGAAAGAGUAGUUUUGAUCUCAUCGAGCAUUGUUCGACCCGUAAACACUAGCCGUGUAGGUCGACCAAAGAUCCAUCUUACUCCAUAUGAUCUCAGUCUUCUUCAAAUCGAUUACGCUCAAAGAGGUCUUCUCUUUCCCAAACCCGAUCCAGAUUUCAAUCUAAUCACUCGACUUAAGGCCUCUCUCUCUCUUGCCUUGGAGAUUUACUUCCCUUUCGCGGGUCGUCUUGCGAAAGUGGAGAAUCUUGAAGACAAUACUGUUUCCUUUUUCAUAGACUGCGACGGCUCUGGCGCUAGAUUUCAUCACGCCGAAGCUAAAUCUGUCUCGGUGAGUGACGUUCUUGAACCUCAUGGUUCUGUUCCGGAUUUCAUGAAGCAAUUCUUUCCCGCUAAAGAUUUCAAGAACUGCGAUGGCGUAACAGAGCCCUUGCUUGCUUUACAAGUCACCGAGAUGAAAGACGGAGUCUUCAUCGGUUACUGUUACAACCACUUGGUGGCAGAUGGUGUUUCGAUGUGGAGUUUCCUCCACACUUGGUCCAAGAUUUGCUCGAGUGGUUCAGGUUCAGAGCAUCAGCCUCUUGUUCUUAAAGGAUGGUUCUUAGAGAGGAUUGAUUAUCCGAUCCAUAUUCCGGUUUCAGAGGCGGAGAGGCCACCACCAAGCCGUGAACUUUCUUCUGUGCCCGUUACGAAAGAUCGGGUUUUUCACUUCACAAAGAAGAAUAUUUCAGAUCUCAAAGCUAAAGCCAACGAUGAGGUUGGCUCCAGUGACCUGAAAAUCUCAUCUCUUCAAGUGGUUUCGGCGCAUAUGUGGCGAUCAAUCAUCAGACACAGUGGUUUAAGCCGAGAAGGAGAGACGCGAUGCAAAGUUGUGGUGGACUUGAGGCAGAGGAUAAACCCUCCGCUUGAAAAAGAGUGUUUUGGGAAUAUGGUCUAUAUUGCACCAGCUAUAGCCACUGUGGAAGAGCUGCUUGAUCGUGGCUUGGGUUGGGCUGCUCUGCAAAUAAAUAAACUAGUGAAUUCGCAAACAAACGAAAACUGUAAGACUUUUGCAGAGGAUUGGGUUAGAAAUGUAAAGAAUCUAAAAUCAGGUGUUGGAAGUAGAACGGCUGGUAAUACUGUAGUUGUCUCAAGCUCUCCUCGGUUCCAAGUGUACAACAAAGAUUUCGGUUGGGGAAAACCGAUUGCGGUUCGAGCUGGACCGGGCAAUAGUAUCAGUGGCAAACUUGUGCUUUUUCCGGGAAUCGAUGAAGGAAGUAUUGAUGUUCAGGCGACACUAUGGUGUGAUGUACUAGUGAAUUUACUAGUUGAUGUCGAUUUUUUAGAGAAUGUGACUACUAUGGUCUAAUGUAGUAGUAUUUUACUAGGCGACCCUAUGGUAUGAGGUAUGAUUGAUUUGGUUAAGAAAUCAAACAGAGGAAUGCGACGCAUUAUAUUGAUCUA